AUGAAAUUCCCGGGCUCCGUCCUCGUCUCCCUCACCCUCUUCGUGGCCGAGACGGCGGCCGCCCUGUGCCUGAGCGGGGCGUACCGCGCGGCGGGGGACCGCAUGUGGCAGUGGCUGACGCUGCUCUUCGCCCUCCUGCCCUGCGCGCUGGUCCAGCUCAGCCUGGUCUUCAUCCACCGCGACGUCAGCCGCGACCGCCCGCUGGUGCUGCUGCUGCACCUCCUGCAGCUGGGGCCCCUCGUCAGGUGUGUGGAAGUCUUUUACAUUUACUUCCAUGCUGGCAGAGUUGAAGAGCCCUAUGUCAGCAUCACAAAGAAGAAGCAGAUGCCUAAGGAUGGGUACUCAGAAGAAAUUGAGAAGGAAGUGGGCCAGGCUGAAGGCAAGCUGUGUACACACAGGUCUGCGUUCAGCAGGGCGUCUGUGAUCCAGGCGUUCCUCGGCUCGGCGCCCCAGCUCACGCUCCAGCUCUACAUCUGUGUCCUGCAGCAGGAGAUCACGGCUGCCAGAAGUAUUUUUAUGGUCCUUUCUCUCCUGUCAAUUGUAUAUGGCGCCUUACGCUGCAACAUCCUGGCUAUUAAGAUUAAGUAUGAUGACUAUGAUGUCAGUGUGAAACCAGCUGCCUACCUCUGCAUAUUCAUGUGGAGAAGCUUUGAGAUUGCUACGCGAGUUACGGUGUUGGUUCUUUUCAGUUCAGUCCUUCAAAUCUGGACUCUUCCCGUUGUGCUUGUGAAUUUCUUUGGUUUUUUCUUCUACCCGUGGAUUCUCUUCUGGCAGAGCAAGUCCCCUUUUCCCGAGAACAUAGAGAAGGCAUUGAGCAGGGUCGGCACUACCAUCGUCUUGUGCCUUCUCACCUUCUUGUAUGCUGGCAUUAACAUGUUCUGCUGGUCGGCAGUGCAGGUGAAGCUCAAUGAUCCUGACUUAAUUAACAAAUCCCAAAAUUGGUACCGACUGACUGUGUAUUACAUGCUGCGAUUCAUCGAGAAUGCAUUCCUCCUGCUGAUGUGGUACAUCUAUAAAACUGAUAUCUACCUGUAUGUCUGCGCCCCGUUGUUGGUCUUGCAGCUCCUGAUAGGUUACUGCAUGGCUGUCCUCUUCAUGUUGGUGUUCUACCAGUUCUGCCACCCAUGCAAAAAGCUUUUCUCAUCCAGCAUUUCUGAAGGUUUGCUCUCCUGUUUCAAGUUCCUCUGCUUGAUUUGCAAGCCUCCCAAAUCCACCAUACUGUCGGACAAGGCAGAGGUGAAAUCUCUUGAAAAUACUGAUGAAGCACGGAACAGUAGCAAGACAAUAGAUUCUCAAAAGGGGAAUCCUCAUCAAAGUGUUUCUUCCAAUGCCUAG